AUGGCCCCGGCUCUGUUCCUGCUGCUGGCGAUGGCCCUGGGGGGGUCUUUGGGGACCCCCCCCCGCCCCGGCCCCGCUCCCGGCUGUGCCCCGGCCCUGGGGGAGCUCCUGGAGCGGCUGCGGGAGCUGGAGCGGAGGGUGCGGGAGCUGCAGGGAGCUGACCAAGGCCGCUGCCGCUCCGGGCUCUGCCGAUGCUUCCCCGGGUUCAGCGGCCCCGACUGCGGCACCCGCGGCUGCGGCCCCGGCACCGCCUGCGCCCACGCCCCCCCCUCGGUGAGGCCCCGCUUGCUCUCCCGCACCCCCUCUUCCUUGCGGGUGUCGUGGCCCCCCCCGACGUUGCCGGUGGACGGGUACCGGGUGUCCCUGGUGCCGCUGGACGACCCCGGCUCCGCGCUCUCCCAGGACCUGCCCGGCUCCGCGCUCACGUUCGAGGCCUCGGGGCUGGAGCCCGGCAGCAGCUUCGAGCUCCGCGUGCAGGCGAGGACACGGGGGGAGCUGGGCCCAGCGGGGACCCUGCGCCUGCGAACCCAGCUUGCCCAGACCCUGCCCCGUCACGGAGGGUCCCCGGUGCCACCGAUUGCGUCCCCGCCAACCCCGAGGUCCCCGGCGCCAGCAGCAUCCCCGGGCUCACCGGCGUCACCGGAUGCACCCUUGGCCUCACCGGGGUCUUUGGGGUCCCUGCCAGCAUCGCCAAGGCUUCCAGCGGCCCCAGUGCCUCGAGGGUCCCCAGCAUCUGCGAGGUCACCGGGGUCCCCAUCGGCCCCAGUGUCCCCGGAGUCCCCAGCGCUACCACAGGCCCCCGUGUCACCUCCAGCCCCGUGGUCCCCAGGGCUCCCUGGGGGCCCAUCCCUGCAUGACCUGGGGGCCAAGCUUGCCUCCUACAACGGCUCCUUGCUGCAGCGCCUGGAGAGCCACCUCCGGGCCACCAACUUCCCCCUGCGGGGCAACCAGACGGUGCCCGCGGUGGCCAGGGCCAUCCUCUCGUACCUCCUGCGCCGCAGCCCGGCCGCGCUCCGGCACCAGCUCCUGCAGCAGCUGCCCCAUCCCAAGCCCCACUUGAUGCCGGGGGCUGCCGGGGAGGCUCUGGUGGACCUGGAGGGGCUGCGGGGCCACGCGGAGACCGUGGUGAUCCGGUACCGGCUCCUGGAAGAGCCCGAGGGGGCCGAGGGGGAGCUGCGGGUGCCGGGGGACGCGGCGCUGGCGCGGGUGCCGGGGCUGGUGCCGGGGGCCAGGUACCGGGUGGAGGUGCACGGGCUGGUGCGGGGCCACGUCUCCAAGUCCUACACGUUCCUGGUGACAGCAGGGGUGGGAGGCACCGAGGAGCCGCCGCUGGGCUGGGAGCAGAUGUACGAGAUGGAGCCGACGGAGCCCCAAGGAGCCCCGGCCAAAGAAGAGCCGGCCCCACCAUCGGAGGAGACACCAACCAAGCCGCGCCUGGGCGAGCUCAGGGUCUCCAACGUCACCCCCAGCUCCGUGCAGCUGGAGUGGAGCGUCCCUGAGGGCACCUUUGACUCCUUCACAGUGCAGUACCGGGAUGCUCAAGGCCAACCUCAGGCACUUGCAGUUGAUGGUGGCUCCCGCACGGUCACAGUGUCAGGGCUGUCCCCGUCACGACGCUACAAGUUCAACCUGUACGGUGUGUGGGGACGGAAGCGGGUUGGUGUCAUCUCCACCGACACCAUUACAGCUCCACAGGAGAAGAAGCCACCAAUCAAACCUCGCCUGGGUGAGCUCACGGCGUCCAACAUCACUUCGGACUCGGUGCAGCUGGAGUGGAGCGUCCCCGAGGGCACCUUUGACUCCUUCACGCUGCAGUACCGCGAUGCACAAGGCCAGCCCCAGGUGCUGCCCGUGGACGGGGGUUCCCGCACGCUGACGCUGCCGGGGCUGUCCCCGUCCCGCCGCUACAAGUUCAACCUGUACGGGCUGUGGGGUCGCACACGCCUGGGCCCCGUCUCCACCGACACUGUCACAGCCCCAGCCCCACAGGAGGAGGAAUCCCAGCCAGUGCUGGGUGAUCUCAAGGUGUCCGAGGUCACCUCUGACUCGGUGCAGCUGGAGUGGAGCGUCCCCGAGGGCACCUUUGACUCCUUCACGCUGCAGUACCGCGAUGCACAAGGCCAGCCCCAGGUGCUGCCCGUGGACGGGGGUUCCCGCACGCUGACGCUGCCGGGGCUGUCCCCGUCCCGCCGCUACAAGUUCAACCUGUACGGGCUGUGGGGUCGCACACGCCUGGGCCCCGUCUCCACCGACACUGUCACAGAUGUUCAUGGCCUUCAUUUUGGUCUCUCCACGGCAGCUCCAGCUCCACAGGAGGAGGAAUCCAAGCCAGUGCUGGGUGAGCUCAGGGUGUCCGAGGUCACCUCUGACUCGGUGCAGCUGGAGUGGAGCGUCCCCGAGGGCACCUUUGACUCCUUCACGCUGCAGUACCGCGAUGCACAAGGCCAGCCCCAGGUGCUGCCCGUGGACGGGGGUUCCCGCACGCUGACGCUGCCGGGGCUGUCCCCGUCCCGCCGCUACAAGUUCAACCUGUACGGGCUGUGGGGUCGCACACGCCUGGGCCCCGUCUCCACCGACACUGUCACAGCCCGAGCUCCACAGGAGGAGGAACCAGCAUCGCAGCCAGUGCUGGGUGAGCUCAGAGUGUCCGAGGUCACCUCUGACUCGGUGCAGCUGGAGUGGAGCGUCCCCGAGGGCACCUUUGACUCCUUCACGCUGCAGUACCGCGAUGCACAAGGCCAGCCCCAGGUGCUGCCCGUGGACGGGGGUUCCCGCACGCUGACGCUGCCGGGGCUGUCCCCGUCCCGCCGCUACAAGUUCAACCUGUACGGGCUGUGGGGUCGCACACGCCUGGGCCCCGUCUCCACCGACACUGUCACAGCCCCAGCCCGACAGGAGGAGGAAUCCCAGCCAGUGCUGGGUGAGCUCAGGGUGUCCGAGGUCACCUCUGACUCGUUGCAGCUGGAGUGGAGCGUCCCCGAGGGCACCUUUGACUCCUUCACGCUGCAGUACCGCGAUGCACAAGGCCAGCCCCAGGUGCUGCCCGUGGACGGGGGUUCCCGCACGCUGACGCUGCCGGGGCUGUCCCCGUCCCGCCGCUACAAGUUCAACCUGUACGGGCUGUGGGGUCGCACACGCCUGGGCCCCGUCUCCACCGACACUGUCACAGCUCCAGCUCCACAGGAGGAGGAAUCCCAGCCAGUGCUGGGUGAGCUCAGGGUGUCCGAGGUCACCUCUGACUCGGUGCAGCUGGAGUGGAGCGUCCCCGAGGGCACCUUUGACUCCUUCACGCUGCAGUACCGCGAUGCACAAGGCCAGCCCCAGGUGCUGCCCGUGGAUGGGGGUUCCCGCACGCUGACGCUGCCGGGGCUGUCCCCGUCCCGCCGCUACAAGUUCAACCUGUACGGGCUGUGGGGUCGCACACGCCUGGGCCCCGUCUCCACCGACACUGUCACAG